GGGCCUUUCCCCGGAUGUGACGUCACCGCUCGGAGCGGGACCGGGGGGCGAUGGGGCCGGGCCGGGUGCAGAUCUCGUUCCCGCGGCACGCGGCCGCGCUGCUGGACUCGCUCAACCGCCUGCGCCUGGAGGGGAAGUUCUGCGACGUCUCCGUCCACGUGGGCGGCCGCGUCUUCCCCGCCCACAAGAGCGUCCUGGCGGCCGCCUCGCCCUUCUUCCACGACAAGCUGCUGCUGCAGGACGGGGGGCGGCUGGCGCUGCCCCCCGCCAUCGACGCCGGCGCCUUCGAGGGGCUCCUGCAGCUCAUCUACUGCGGCCGCCUGACGGUGGCCGCGGAGGCGCUGCCGGGGCACCUGUUGGUGGCCAGCGGGCUCCAGAUGUGGCACGUGGUGGACCGCUGCUCCCAGAUCCUGCGCCAGGUGGAGGGCGGGGGGGCUUCGCUGCCGUGGAGCGGCCGCGGCGGGGAGGGGACCGCCCGUGGGCGUGAAGGGUCUUCGUCGUCGUCGCCGUCGCGGACCGUCCACGGUCACGAAGGGUCUUCGUCGGCGUCGUCGCGCGUCAACCGUGGCCACAAAGGGUCUUUGUUGCCAUCGUCAUCGUCGCGCGUCAGCCGUGGCCAUGAAGGGUCUUCCUGGUCAUCGUCGCCGUCACAGACCGUCCACGGUCAUGAGAAGUCUUCGCUGUCAUCAUCACACGUCAGCCGUGGCCAUGAAGGUUCUUCAUCGUCAUCGUAUGUCAACCGUGGCCAUGAAGGGUCUUCCUGGUCAUCGUCGCCAUCACGGACCAUCCACGGUCACGAAGGGUCUUUGUCGUCAUCGUCGCGCGUCAACCGCGGCCACGAAGGGUCUUCCUGGUCAUGGACCGCCCCCAGUGGAGGCGCCUCCUCCCACGCUCUUGAUGGGUCAAUCUGUCUUCUUGAGGAGUCUUCCGGUGUCAGCCGUGGUGGGGACGGGGCUUCCUCGGUGUCCUCGUGGACCGUCCGCGGCCGGGACGUGUCGCCGCGCGUCGGCCGGGGCCGCGAGGGAGCUUCUCGUGUCAAGCGCGGCGGUGAAGGACCGUCCUCCUCUUCCUCCUCCUCCUCCUCCUCCUCGUGGACCAUCCGUGGUGGGGACGGGAGCACCCACGGUGGUGUUGGGUCCAUCCAUGGUGGUGUUGGGUCUGUCCACGGUAGAGUUGGGUCCACCCAUGGUGAUAAUGGGACCAUCCUUGACGGAAACGGGACCGUCCACGGUGGAGUUGGGAUCGUCUGUGGUGGCGAUGGGAUUGUCCACGACGGAGAUGGGACCGUCCAUGGCGGAGUUGGGAUCGUCCAUGAUGGAGAUAGGAUUGUCCACGAUGGAGAUGGGACCAUCCACGGUGGAGAUGGGACCAUCCAUGGUGGAGAUGGGACUGCCCAUGAUGGAGUUGUGAUCGUCCACGAUGGAGUUGGGAUCAUCCAUGAUGGAGUUGGGAUGGUCCAUGAUGGAGUUGGGAUGGUCCAUGAUGGAGUUGGGAUCGUCCACGACAGAGUUGGGAUCAUCCACGACGGAGACGCCUCCACCCACGCCUCCCACGGCCCUUCCUCCUCCUCCUCCUCCUCCUCAUGGGCCACCCCUGCUGCCAACCCGGCGGCCACGGAGGAUCUCCCCCGGCUCCGCGUGGAGGAGGACGAGGAGGACAAGGCGCCUUCUCCGCCGCCGGCCCCCGCCGGGGAGAUCCUGCAGAUCCGCGUCAAGGAGGACGAGGAGGACGAGGAAGACCCACCCGACGUCUCGUCCGUCAAGCAAGAGCCGCCCGACGCCGCCGUUGACGCCGCCGCCGUCGGCCAACCCAACCGGUUGGGCGCCGCCCUCCUCCAGCAGCCCGGCGGCUGGAAGCCGGUGGACCUGCACGGCAACGAGCUGCCGGGGCGCGGCCGCGGCCUCCACGCCCCGGUGAAGCUGGGCCCGGCGCCGGCCGACGGGAAGCGCUUCGGCUGCGCCUGCGGGAAGCGCUUCGCCGUCCGGCCCAAGCGCGACCGGCACAUCCUGCUGACGCUGAGCCUGCGGCCCUUCGCCUGCGGCGCCUGCCACAAGCGCUUCAAGCUCAAGCACCACCUCACCGAGCACAUGAAGACCCACGACGGCGCCCGCGGCGCCUGCCAGGGCUGCGGCAGGAGGUUCCGCCUCCGCUCCGGCCUCGCCAAGCACCGCCCCCUCUGCCCGGCGGCCGCGCGGUGGCCGGGGGGGUGCUGGGACUGGGAUUGAGACCAGUACGGACCAGUGUGGGGCACUGGGACCG